UGUGCACAAUUCCAAAAAAUAUGUGGAUGAAGAUUCAUCCACAGAGUAAAUCUGUAUUACGGAAAAUGUUUUUAAAUCAAGUUUGGAAAAGUUGUCGGAAGCUUGGUGAUGGGGUCGUUGAAGUCGAGCGACUGUGGUGUAGUUCGUUUAUUGCAUACGGUUAGCAUUGUAUUUCUGGAGAUUGUAUUUAGGCUUCAAACUUCACAAAAGUUGUUUAUUUGUGAAAAUUAUCUUGAUGGACAAAACGUGUUAGUAUUGUUCACUUUUGUUGAUCACAGAGCUUUUUUUUUGUUUUGCGAUAAUCCAAAAGCCUAUGGGAAAAUCCUAUUAGGUUUUUGUCGCGGGAACCAGUGUGAUGCUAACUUCCGGAUUCCGGUACAAACAACAUCAUCCCUGCGCCCUGUGAACUCAACUGAUAACAACCUGCUCGCGAAAUAAAUAAAUAAAUAAUGCAUCCAAUCACAAUCCUGUGUGUUUCACCAUCAGAGCAAAACUAGCCAAUCUAAAGCCUCCAUGCUUCAUACGUGAUAUCAGAGUUACCCAAUCACAAUCUUGAAUACGAGAGCGGUUAUUUACAUUUCUACCCAUAUUCCGAUGAAUCCCGCCUCCAGCGCUGUGAUUGGUUAACACCGACCCAUUUCUGCGCUCCGAUUGGCUGUUCGGGUUACAUCCUAAUCCUAAAGUGGAAUAAAAAAUAAAAACAUGUCUGAAUUUGAAGCAGCGAGAUACUCUGUCCAGUCUGUCAAACUCCGGCAAGUGACAUUUUCUCUCAGUUUAAUAUCCCAGUGACACAACAAGAGCUUAAAGUUUAAAGGUUUGGUGAAAUUAUGAGCUCUGUUUGAAGAAUUAAUGUUAGUUAGACAUAAUGGCAAAAAAAAUUAAAAAAUAAAAUAAAAAUGAAGGCACCGAGUUAGCAACACAGUUAAAAUGAGUUAGUAAGGAGUAAGAGGUUAGUAAGGAAGCAAACUAGUGACCUUAGUAUUAGUCUAAUCUAACUUUCAUUCAUUCUUAACCCAGAUCAAACCUUAUAAUGAUAGAAAGCUGAUAAACAUGUAGUCCAUUCAGGUUUAUUCAUUCAUCCAGAGGACGUUAUGCCAAUACAGAAAAAAACAUCCUAGCAAACUUAUAAUAUUACUUUAUAACCUCUAUUAUUUACCCAACAUCUUAUUGCUAUCAAAAGCUUCCUAUUGAAGCUACACAUUUUAUUUAUUAGAUACAUAUAAUCACUUUUGUACGUAUACCAUCCUGAAUCUUUAUACUGUUUUGCUGUACACAGUUUGUUAGCCACCUUCUUCUUGUCCAUCAGUAGAAAGGAACCACCGGUGAUCAGAGAUGACGGACCACUCACAGCACAGCGGUCACACUCUGUACACUCACUUACCACUUUAUUAUUUAUGAUACCUACCUUGUUUGUACACCUGCGUGUACAGUUAGAGAGAGUAGUUUGUGUUGCUGUGGGGUAUGUAUGGUGUGUAUGGGGUAGCACUGCCUCCAGGGUCACUGGUUUGAUUCUGAGCUCAGGUUACUGUCUGUGUGGAGUGACGCAGGUUCUUUCCAUGUCUGCAGGUUCUCCGGUUUUCCUUCCACCUACUAAUAACCUGCAGGAUAAUAUGUAAUAAUAAUAAUAAUUUACACAGAUCAUCCUGUUCAAAAGUUUACACCCCCCUGGCUCUUAAUGUAUCGUGUUGCCUUCUUGAGAAUCAGUGAAUGCUUGCACCUGAUAUAAUAAGGAAAAUAUGAGUAAAAAUGUGUGUGUAUGACUAUGUUUGAGCAUACCAAACUCUACUGGACUCUAUUGUACUUGCAUGCACAAACUAUUAGAUCAAAUCAAGAUGUGUCCAUGUAGGCUAGCGCUUUGCUGUUUUGUGUAUGUUUUUGUGCGUGACAUCUCAAGGUCAGAAGCAGCAGCAGGACCUCCUCAUUGUGCUCGACACCAAUGUUCUCCUCAGCCACCUGGACUUUGUGAAGAGGAUUAGAUCCCAUGGACUUGGAGCUCUGGGGUUCCCGGCGCUGCUGGUUCCCUGGGUGGUUCUACAAGAGCUGGACUCGUUAAAAAGCAGGAAACUGUCAAGGCCAGCUGUGGACUACAUCUACACCUCCCUGAAGAACCAGGAGCCAGUCCAUGCAGCAAGUGUCUCACGCUGCCUGCUGAACGUGGAGGAUAAUGACGAUCUGGUGCUGCAGUGCUGUCUCCAGUACAAGACGUUGUAUCCAGGGGGCACUAUCAUGCUGUGCACGUAAGCCGUACGUUCAAGACUCAGAAUUGUUCAGGCAUCUUUAGGAGGACAUCUUUGGGGGUCACAUCUGGAAUUGUUUGCUAAUCACGCGUUGAACAAAAGACCUUGUUUUUAUCUUCUGAUUUGCUCACAGUGGCCUGCUGGACACCUUUGGAUAUUUGAAUAGUGCUUUUAACAAUAAACAAUGUCACAAUACACAAUAAUCUGUUACGAGCAUUUACAUUUUUAAUGAGCGAGAGAGAGGGAGAGUUAUUAACUGUUUAAUGUUUAAUUAUUAAUGGAAUACGUAGAAAUAAAUAAAUAAAUAAAUAAAAUGGUUUUGAUUGAGGUAUUAACACAACAUAUCUGGUGUAACUUUAGUAAUAAUAAGGGACGUCACAAAUGUUUUAUUUAGCUCUGUUUAUGUUUAAAUAGCAGCCCUGAUAUCGGAUAGUGCUGUAAUAAUUCAUUAUAUUCUAAAAAGUCAAACAGUCCUGAAGCAUAUUAUGAAGAAGAGUCCUGGGAUAGUCUGAUCUAAGUAUGAGUGCAGCAGCAGUUCUUAGGUACAAAUGUACAAAGGUGAGAUUAUCCACUGAGAUUACCCUGAGGUUUAAC